CUCAAAACCAACCACCAGCCAAUCAUUCCAAGUCUUGGACAUAAUGAGACCAGAUUGCGCUUCACUCAUCGAUUGAACAUCAUGGAAUAACCUCACUCGUUCUUUUUUCUCGUCUUGUCUUUGUUUACUGUCGUGCUUCGAUGAGACCUUGAUGACCACAAGCCAUGGCGCCUAAACAACGUAAACCCACCCCAGGGUCCUCCUCAGCUUCGGGGUCCUCCCCCGCAAAAGCCAUCCCCCAUAUCGACCCCAACAGUUCCUUCACCCCCGAAUCUUUCGAGAAGGAACUCGAGUCUCUCGCUCAAAAAGCACAGUCUGAGACAACCUUGCAUUACUUGACAGAGCAAUCCAUCAUCUAUCUCAAAUCAGCCGCCUUGCUCUCCCUCAUUGCGUUGUACUCCACCGUCUCUCAGCUCAAUCUCUCCCCAACUUACGGCUCCAUUCCAUCAUCAAAAUGGCACUCCAAGCUUAUCAUGGCCGGGUGUUUCGCUGGUUGGUCAACUAACCUCACUCUCAACCGGGUCUUGCCGUUCAAGCCCGAGAAGCUAUUGUCCCUGCUGGCCGUUUAUGUCCCCAUCGUCCAGUUCUUCUUGGGGAAGGUCAGCUCAACACUGACGGCACACUGGGGACCUUUGAUCACGGAGGGACUGACGCUAUUACCACUGGUGACAAUCAGUGCGGCUUGUGUGGCUACCUACCUCGAGGGUGCAGAUUUGCCCGGGUUCUUGCCAAGUUGGAUUCGGGACGCCUUGCCAGGACUGGGCAGUUAUGGGUUUUACAAGCUUUCAGAAAAGAUUCUGGGCGGGUUGGCCGAGGAGCAUAUUGGACAGUCAGUGUUAAACACAAGAGUGGGCAUGGAGCUGGCAUUGGCCGGAAGCUAUGCGGCUUUGGCGCCAUCAAAGUUGCUGGUUUUUGCUUUGCCAGCCCUUUUGCAUACUGCGCUGCUGAACACACAUCUUCCUACUGGAAAUGCGCUUGCUAACUUGAACAAGGGUUUGGAAAGCGUUGGUUAUGUGGUUUUGGACAGGAAGGAGAGCUUGACGGGAUACGUCUCGGUUGUGGACAGCCCGAAGGAGGGAUACAGGGUCAUGAGAUGUGAUCACUCUUUGUUGGGUGGUGAGUGGGUCAAGUUCUUGAACCAGGGACAGUUCAAGGGCAACCAGGUUGCUGAGCCUAUUUAUGGUGUUUUUGCCAUGCUCGAGGCAGUGAGAUUGGUCAAGACCCCUCAGAAGAUCAAGGAUCAUGAGGCGAAAGCUCUCGUCAUCGGUCUCGGCAUCGGCACCACCCCCGCUGCUCUUGUGGCACAUGGCAUCGACACCACUGUCGUCGAAAUCGAUCCUGUGGUGCACGAAUUUGCCCUCGAAUAUUUCCAGCUCCCCAAGAACCAUACCGCUGUCAUUGAGGAUGCGGUCACUUACACCUCCCGUCUGGCAGCUGACGAAAAAGGGCAGCGCUUCGAUUACAUCGUCCAUGACGUCUUCACCGGUGGCGCUGAACCCAUUCCCCUCUUUACUCUCGAGUUCCUCCAGAACCUGAACGCGCUGCUCAAGCCAAACGGAGUCAUUGCCAUCAACUACGCCGGAGACUUCGCCCUCCCCCCACCCCGCAUCGUCACCAACACUAUCCGCUCUGUCUUCCCCGCUUGCCGUGCCUUCCGUGAGCACCCGCGCGACAUGGAGGAUUUCACCAAGAACCAGAGGGACUUCACCAACAUGGUCAUGUUCUGCACCAAGGAUCCUUCUGGAGAAGUCAAGUUCAGGCAUCCUAACAACAGAGACCUGCUAAACAGCCCGUCGAGACAAGCGUUCUUGUAUCCUCAGCAUGAAGUCAAAGAGGAGGACUUUGUCAAGGCUGAGGGAGAGGCUGAGGGAGUGUUGAGGGCGAAUGAUACCGAGAGAUUGGUCAAGUGGCAUGAAAGCAGUGCCAUGGGGCACUGGGGCAUUAUGAGAACUGUGUUGCCGGAUGCGGUUUGGGAGGAGUGGUGAGUGUUGGUCGAGGAUAUUUGUUGUAAAUUCUGUGUAAAAGGGAUUUGGGGAGGUAAUUUCUGUUUUGUCACCGUGCUGGCUUUGGAUGUUGUGCGUUUGGUCAGUUUGGCGAAGCUGAACUGAGGGGCGUUGGGGCGUUCUUCGUUUGUUGGGUAUGUAACUAUUGGAACAUUGUUGGAUAUCGUCGGGUUGAGCAAUCCUUUCAUGCUUGUCUAUGAUUCCCCAACGUCUUGCCAGCGGACUGAAAGAUCAGCUAGCUCGCUUUGCAGCUGCUUCUCUCCUGGUCAGGAGCUAUGUGGUCCCGUGUCGCCAAACUCACUACUGUUUCUCCCAGCCAGCAGCUCAGUUUCCACCUGACAAAGAGGUUUCUAUCAAAGCGCCAUCAUUCUGCCAAUUGCAGCUCACCACAAACGCUGCCACCAAACAAGUUCCAAUGCCAAACUCUCAUGGCACACCGUACGCUUUCACCCUGUUGCCAGCAAUCAAUCAACGCUUGUUAGGAAGUGGUGACGUAAAGCAGACACCGCCUGGGCCCCCGGUAAAGAGCAUAUAAUCCCCCAGCUGCCCCCGCUCAAUCCAUCCAUCCACUGCAUCCUGAACAGAGUUGGCCAAAUCAGAUACCCUUCUCAUCCCCUCGAUUUAUCGACCAAUUGAUUAUGCUGGCUCGAAGUUUUAGAUAAAUUCACAUCUCAACAACACAGACAUCUACCUCAUCCACCAGAUCCCACCUCACCUUGCCUAGCCACCUCACCUCACCUUCCACCCAACAACAAUUCACCUUACACGACUGGACCCCGAGCAUCCGUCAAUCAGCAAAGGAGAAUAGGCCAAGGAGGAACUAGGGACAGGAGUUCAAUUAGGAGCUCUGGUAUGGAGUUGGUCUGAGAGCCAGGAGGCUAUCAUAUCAUCCUUCACCUCGGCUAGACUUUAUCCAGUGCAGCAGGCUCAGGAUGAGGCGUCACCUAGCAGCCACAAUACCGAUCCAAAUCCAAGGCCAUAUACCUAGCCCGUCAGCUCUGCAUUUGAGUACCAGGCGGGAUGACUGGACGAAUACGUACUGGCUAAUGGAAUGCGCCUUCGGAGCAACGCUGUGCACAUCGUUGUUGGUCCUUGGCUUGAGCUAUCAGACAUCUUACCAACUAAACAAGCACACCGCAUUCGACAUCUUCAGAAUUGCAGCUCCGUCCGCAAAAUUCAGGCCGCCUUUGUCUGCGUUCAACCUACCAACCAGCGUAUUUGACGCCACAGUUAGCACCAAACGAAAGGUCUUGCUAUACAGGAUCGUCUCCACUGCAGAAUAAUGCCGCACGAGUGUCUACUCCGACGACUCUGAAUCUGGCAGACUUAGCCUUUACCAGGACCAGCCUCCCUCCAGUCUCUGAAUCAUACACCAUACACCUGUAUCGUUUCAAGCGCGGUCGUGAUGACUACGAAAGAAACCUCCGACAACUUGCAAUUCUCAUGACGACUAUCUCGUCACUGGGCAAGCCCAACGGCACCACUUUUGCUUCUCGGGGAUUUCACAACUUACCUUAUUUCACCAUCAACACACAUCAGUGCCUAUGUAGAACCCCCUUUUCCCUAUGUCAAAUGGUAUUCGCACUCUGACGGUCUCCAGUAACCACCAACAUCCAUACCGUCUUACCUUAUCUUUCCUACCAUACAAGCCAACCGCUUCCACCGAUGCCACCUCUGCGGAUAUCCUCCACCAAGCACCGAGUGUUCAACUUUUCCCAGCACCAAGAUCUGCUUCAGGAUGUCAGGUAACUACUUGAAACAGAACCAUCGGGAGAUGUCGUUCCCCUGGUUGAAUGGGUCAACCUCUGGUCGGCAAGACAUCGUCUUACCAAGAACCAGGAAGAAGUUGUAUUUCUUGUUGAGUCUGGGGCCCAUUACAUGCGGAAAGAACCGGUAACAAGAGCCCGAUACACAGGCUGUACGA